AUGGAGAGGUCUUUGUAUGGGCUAUCGACGGUCGAUGUAAGGCGACUUGCUUUUGAACUAGCUGAACGACUUGGCAUCAAGCACAACUUCAAAUCCGAAUCGAAGAUGGCUGGUCGUGAUUGGUUGCAAGGCUUCUUCAGUCGUCAUCCAGAUAUAGCUAUCCGCAUUCCCCAGGGUACGAAUAUUGCUCGCGCCGUUGGCUUCAACAAAGCAAAGGUUGAACAGUUUUUCAAACUUUACAAAACAGAACUAAACCGUUGCAACUACACUGCAAGUAGAGUUUGGAAUGUAGAUGAAACUGGAAUCACGAAUGUCCAGAAGCCUGGUAAGAUCAUUGCCACUAAAGGAAUUCGACAGGUGGGGAAAGUGACAAGAGCAGAUCAUAGAAGAGCUGUCUCCACGACCCAAACUGUCACAUCGACGCCCUCGGACACGUGUUGCGGAAUCUGCUGA